AUGGACCGCGUCUUUGAAGGUCUCAUAGGAAACAAUGUCAACGUGUACAUUGACCAUAUUGUCGUGUACGUUGAUGAUUUGGAUACGUGGUUUGAGCGUCUGGACGAGGUGCUCGGGAGGUGCUGCGAGGAAGGUUUGUUUCUUAAGCUGAAGAAGGGUGAAUACGUGAAGCAGGAAGCAAAGCUGUUAGGGUUCAUUGAGGAAGGCAUCAAGCCAGACCCGAAGAAGGUGGCGGACCUGAUGAGAGUGGAAGCUCCGGGUAACGUAAGAGAACUGAGGUCGUUCUUGGGUUCUGUGACUUACCUCAAGAGGCAUAUUCCACAGUUCGCGAGUAGAGUUGCUGGCAUGACUGACUUGCUCAAAAAGAAGACUGAGUUUGUUUGGAGCGAGGCACGAGAGGAGGAGUUCCAGGCAGCGCCGGCAGACAUUGGAGAGUUCGUGCUAACGACGGACGCCAGUGAUCGGGCGAUCGGCGCCAUACUAGAGCAGAAGCAGGCCCGAGGGUGUGUUCCAAUCGAGUUUGGUAGCAAGAAGUUGGACGAGUGUCAACAGCGGUGGGAUACACGAGAAAGGGAGUUGUACGGUAAGGUUCUUCGUAGAGAGGUGGCAGGAUUACUUUUGCGCUGCGCCGUUUACCAUCAGGACUGA